GUUAGUGACCUCUGAAGAUGGCAGCCUUGACAGGAUGGAUACUGAUGUGUGUCGUCCUCACACGGCAAGGGUCAAAGGCUCAGGAUUGUGGACUGGCAACUCUGAACCCAAGGAUAGUGGGCGGUGUGAAUGCCACAGCUGGGGCAUGGCCCUGGCAGGUCAGCGUGCACUUAGACAAACACAUCUGCGGAGGGACCCUCAUCAGUGACCAGUGGGUACUCACAGCAGCCCACUGCAUCCUAACAAAGUCAACUACUCCAUGGAUUCUCUACUUUGGAAGAGUGACUCAGUCUGGCCCCAAUACUCAUGAAGUGAGCAGCACCGUGUCCCAGAUCAACAUCCAUCCUGACUACAACAAUGUCCCGUCAAACAAUGACAUUGCCCUAAUGAAGCUUAGCAGCCCUGUCAAUUUCACUGACUACAUCAGACCUGUCUGCUUGGCAAGUAACUCCAGCCAGUUUCACAAUGCGACCCCCUGCUGGGCCACUGGAUGGGGCAGACUUGGAAAGGAUGAGCCCCAAGCAGCCUUUGACUCACUGCAGGAGGUUCAGAUUCCAGUCAUUGGAGAAAAGCAGUGCAGUUUCGUCUACCGCAAAGACAUCAAGAUCACUGACAAAAUGAUCUGUGCAGGACAAGAGAACAAAGGUGCAUGCCAGGGGGAUUCCGGUGGACCUUUGCAAUGCAAACAAUCCUCAAAGUGGAUCCAGGCUGGCAUUACUAGUUUUGGAAUACCUUGUGCCCUAGCUGGUUUUCCCGAGGUUUAUGCCCGAGUGUCUGAGUUCCAGACCUGGAUCAUGGAUCAAGUGGCGGGCGCGAAUGUUCACUUUGUGACAUUCAGCUCAGUCUCCACAGCAGCUCCAAACACAACUUCCACAGCAUCAACUGUUACAUUGGUUGCCUUCUUAUUGACGCGGUUCUUGCAGCACAUUUUUGCAUCAUAGCAGUUUUGCACCGUCUCAAUUCAUACUCUGUAGUGGUAGAUUCUCUUCAUCUCUGA